GCGGCCCAGGGUAGUGUGGGCGCGCCAGGGAGCUAUGUGGUGACAUACGGGAUGUAUGCUGGAUGAUGAGAACUCGCUGAUGUGGCAUAUUAAGCCGAAGUGUAACCGCAUUCUGCUGUUGGUUGUGUUGAGGCAAAGACCGGUCAUCAUAAUUGCACAUCAGGUUACCGGUGAGAAAUCUGUGGUUGGGGGCAGCAUUUAUGAGGUUCUCCUAACGGAUUACCUAAGGUGCCUACCUACAGUAAGGACCAAGUUGGUUGACGAGGCCUGCGUUGAACAGCACAACUUCGCUUCUUUCAGUAAGAAAGCUCUGGACACAGAAGCAAAGCUGGGAUCUGCGCAUCAGGCAUCCCAAGAUGGUAGGAAGAGACUGCCCCAAGACUGGAAGAAGAAGGGUCAGUUGAUGUUCGUUGACCACGAUGGUCAAACGACGGAGAUUGACAAUUUCCCAGAUCUUGGGGAGUUCACAGAGCAGGAUGGGGCUAGUGAGACUUCAAAUGGUGGAGUCGUGGCACCCAUCAAGGAAAAGGCUAGGGGGACCGGGAAGAAGAAGGUAGGACGGUCCACGGGUCAGGACGACCAAGGAACACCCGCAUGGGUGAAGAUUGGUUUAGACUACGAGGUGUGGAGGGAUCGAGUUGCCAGGGGCACAUGCAUGAACCGUGGCAACUAUGGCCACACGUCCAGGACUUGCCGCGACAAGAAGAUCACCAUGAAGAUGAAAGCAAUAACUAAUGAGAGAGAGGGAAACAUUGAGGCAGUUGCAGGAGGAAACCUGAAGGCUGAGAAGAUUCUUGGUCUUCUUGUUGAGUUCGGUAGCUGUGAGAAGUUGACUCUUUCUACGAGGGAGUUCCUAAAGGACUAUGAUGUCUUUGGAUCGGAUAAGCAGAAGCUGAAAGAACGUGUCUGGAACCCGUUGAGGGAAGAGGAAGGAUGGGAUGAUAUUGCAGAAGGGAAAGUGGAGUCCGUCGGGACGAUCGUCUUGUCGGAACAAGGAUGGCACCUGUUUUGCACCACGCUUGCGGCUGGGCAGAACCCGAUGUGGCUUUUUGGGGAUGCCGAGGCAAGGACUCGAAAGGCGGGUGAAAAGUUCGCCAAUAAGGGGUGGGACGAGGGAACCACUAAGUCAAAAAUGGCGAUGAGACGCGCUCGGAUGUUACGACGGCCUAUGCACCCGCGGCCACCCACGGAAAGUGGAGGCGGAUGGGAGGUAUCGCUCCCAGCAAGCUACGUGAUUCAAGGACUGGAUACGGAAUGGAGGGCCGUGACCUUGGGAAGGGGGCAGGCGUUCAUGAUGGUGGAAUGUUUGUGGGAUGGUAUGAGGAUCGACAGGGGAACGGGAGACGAUCUGUACACCGACCUCAAGGUGACGGGGACCGUGUACCUGCCAGAGAUUGGAUGGCUAGGUAAAGAAAUGGCGACUGAGGAAGGGAUCGAUGACCAGCAGAGCGGAGGGAAUCAGGGCACGAACGGGGAUGGGGAACGAAACGAAGGACCAACAAGGGAUCGAGAGUCAACGAAAUUGGAAGGGACCCAAGAAGACGGAAAGGACUUCUCAACUGGAGAAAGCUCGGGGAAACCUGGGGGUAGCAUAAGGGGACCUCAGGAAAACAAGGAAGGGGGAAACGAUAUGAGAACGAGACCUCGGAACUCAGCAGGAGUCACUCCUAAAAAGACAAAAGUCUCGGAUACCAGUCGUAAAUUGGCAGACAUAGAAAAUCGGACUGCAAAAUUUAAGGCAAGACUUAUCGAGCAGAUGAUGGCCGAAGAUGAGGAGGACCCUCAGGGCGCAGGAUCACAUGAGGGACGCAGGGCCGGUCAGGACGAGCCUAGGUACGAGGGGAAGGAUAAUAGUCGCAAAGAAACGCCUAGCAAGAAGGGGAAUGACAAGAACGACCCCCCGGUGGAGGGUGCGGAAAACGCUAUGACCCCGCUUGCCAUUGACAGCGGCACUAGCCAACUGCCAGCCACGCCAAAAGUAACGGGGGCAUGCGACGGACUCUGGAGCCUUAGGAAAAGGGUGCUGGGAUGGUUUGACCCAGAAGGAACGCCGAAAACCAGGGAAAAGCAGAGGGAAAGCAAGGAAGGGGAAGGGACCAGCGCAGCUGGAGAAGCAGGUAGCUCCGAGGGUGGUCUCAAGAGGAUAGUCACCACCCUCACCCGGGCGUUAAAUAAGAACCAGGGAUAUCUCGCAGAUGCAAAGAAGAAACUCACGUUCGAUGGGGCAAACAUUACGGAGUUCCUGAUAGACUAUGAGAACCUGGCAGCCUUACUAAAAUGGACGGAAGAAGAAAAGAUGGAGCACCUAGGGCAGCACGUGUUGCUAAGCUUGGGAAGGGACAUGAUGGUCAUCGUCGCUAGGUCCCUCAAAGGCGAGAUCCUCGGACCCAAGGGGGAGCGUGUCAAUUGGAACUCGCCAGGAGGGAUGCGGCGAGCCGUCAUCCUCCUAAAUAACUUAGAGAUAGCUGUCGUCGAAGCAGAGCCGAUAGCCGAGAUUGUCUGGGACCAGCAAAGGGGACGGGGACCACAGGCCAAUUUUAUCCUAGAAAGCAAUGGGCAGGAUAGAGUAAAUAUCACUACUCGACGAGCUGGCGCGGAAAAGAAGCUCAUCCGAGACACAGUAAUGGAAGAAGCCGCGGGGGCUAGUGCAGAUCAGGAGGAAGCUGAGGCCGAGGAACAGGAGAAGGUCUACGGAAAAACGAGGGAAGAAGAACCGGUAGAUAAAGUCACGGCUGCAAAAAAAAAGUUCAGUUACCAAAUCCCAGUUCUGACGUUGCCCGAAUUAGAUGACACACUGAGCAAACUCCUGGGCACCAUGGUGUCGGUAUCCUUCCAGACCAUGCUGCAGGCAAGCCCGAGACUGCUCAAGGGCCUCAGGCAGCUAUUGACGCGUAAACGUGUAGAAGUAGAGGAGGCUCCGGAACCACAGGAACAAGGACCCGAGGAGACCGAGGCGCCACAAGGAGUCUCUAACCUCCAAAGUAUUCCAGGGGGUCUGGAAGAAUUGGAAAAAGCCUUCGCUGAUAUUCGUCUGAGCCUACCGGACCGAGAAGGUGGCGAACACGAGUGUUGGAAUGAUAAAGGACCCGCCUAUGAGUUUGGGAUAGCAGCGGAGGUCACCGACCUGCUUAGAGCCAAGAUAGAUUCUUUUGUGGCUGAACCCACCGCAUCCCCCUACGCGAACAAGUGGUUCGUGUUCAGGAAGCCCAACAAGACGCUUAGGUGGAUCCAGGACCUGCAGAAGCUCAAUGCGGUAACAAUUAGGGACGCAGGCUCACUUCCACAGGCCGACUUGUUGGCGGAGUCUCAUGCGGGGCGGAGCAUUUACUCCCUGGUAGACUUGUACUCAGGAUAUGAUCAAUUGCCACUCGAAGCAAGGGAUAGACCGUACACUGCAAUGCACACCCCUGUAGGACAGUUGGAGAUGCAAGUGACCCCUAUGGGUUUCACAAAUGCGGUAGCAGAGGCGCAGAGGAGGAUGCUCGCCGUCAUAGGGGAUAUGUUUCCAGAAAAGUGCGAGCCAUACAUAGAUGAUAACCCCGUAAAAGGCGCAAGGUACAAAGACGAGACGAAGGUCGAGCCAGACGGUGGCCCAAUGGCAGUAGGAGGCGUAUUGAUACAGAAAAGCGAGGAGGGCGAGGAAAGACCAAUCAGAUUUGAGAGUAGGACCUUGAAUUCAGCAGAACGGCGGUACUCGCAGUUCAAGAAGGAGGUCCUAGCCAUCCUACAUUGCCUAAAAACCUUCCAGGCAUAUCUGUUCGGGAGGCAAUUCAUCUUAAGGAUUGAUCCCACUAAUGUUGCCGGGGCACUGAAGAAUUACAAGCCUAUAGAUCCGACCGUCGGUAGAUGGAUAGGCUUCAUAUGGCAGUUCGACUAUAAGGUUGAGCGGAUCGCGGGGCUUCGAAACAGGGCGGACGGACUGAGUAGGGUAUGCAUCACGCCGAAGGGAAUAGAGGACGCAGAACCAAUUGACGCCUUCCUAGAUUACGGAGGGGGGCCUCUUGUUGUGGAGAACGAAAUGGCUGACGCGACGCUUACAAAAGGCCAGCUGUUGAUUCAUACUUUGGAAAAGGGCACACCCGCAGUAGUUGCAGAACUCAGGGAAGGACCAGUCACCACGGUCAGGCGCAAAGAGGAAAAGGACUCGUGGGGGGCAGAAGUAGGGGCCAAAGAGGAACUGAUGGCAAUGGCCGUGGAAGGGGGACGGGAUGCCGUGAUGACGUUGGCGGAAAUUUGGGCGCAGAAGGAAUGCCAGUACCUAGUCAACCAGACCCGGGAGGAGCAGGGUACGGAUCAGAAGGAGCAAGAAUUCUUCCUCAUACAAAUGUAUGAGGGCGUCUUUAGAGAAAUCGGCCUGGUGCUCGUAGGAAACAAACAACCCACGGAGGUCAGUCCCAAGGCAAGAGAGGAAGUCGAAAAGUAUGACCUACGAAAUGGCCACCUGUUCAAGAAAGAGGAAGGGAAGGUGGCUAGACGCGUCGUUUGUGGAAGGUCUAGGCAGCUGGACGUAAUUCAGGCAAUGCAUGAUGGGCUAGCUGGAGGCCACCGGUCGUCUAAGGGGACACUUGCAAAGAUCGUGCCCCGGUACUUCUGGCCAAGAAUGGCAGGCAUGGUCGCGACGUACUGUCAGACGUGCCUGAUUUGCCAAGAAAGGAGCUUCGUGCGAAUUUACGAGCCACUUAGACCUACACGGGUACUGGAACCCGGACACCUUGUUCAUCUUGAUCUUGCGGUCAUGCCUGUAUCAACGGAUGGGUUUAGGUACAUCCUGGAUACAAGGGAUAAUCUCAGUGGCUAUGUAGAGGCCGUAGCCCUCAAGAGGAAGACGGCAAAAGCAGUAGCUGAUUGGGUGGAAGAUUUCUACUUAAGACACCCCUUUGUGCGCAGGUUUAUAGCAGACAAUGGGACAUAAUUCGUUAACCAGGUGGUGUUGAACAGGCUUAAGACACUGUGCGUACCAAUCAAGAUCACUGAGCCCU